AUGGGCGUUGGACUACAACAGGUUCGGAACUACCGGGGUUUCCAGAACGACGAAAGUAAGGUUGUUGCAUUCGAUCUUCUGCAGGAACCAGCGGAAUACGUCAAGCAUUUUGAGCGCUACGCGACAAGUGUUGUCUCUAUUAUUGAUUUUGGAAGACGCGUCGCUUCUUUUACCGACCCCAUUAUCACUGAAGUAAUUGCCUUGAUGCACCGCGCUGCUGAUCUGAACGUACCUGGAAAGACAUUUCCAAUGCUAAUGGAGUCAUUCCCCUUUCUCGCCAAAUUUCCGAACUGGAUGGCACCAUGGAAAAAAGGGAUGGGAAAAGGAGGAAGCGGCAGACCCUUCUUUUAUGCAUUGACGGAAGAAGCUGCCAGAAGUUCCGAACCGAACUAUUCAAAGAGGAUAUUUGAAGAAGCAGCAAAACAUGGUCUCUCCCAAAUGGAGAUAUCAUCACUGUCUGGAAAUCUCUUCGGAGCGGGGAGUGACACUUCAAGCUCGACGCUUGUGACAUUUGUUCUGGCUUGUUGUGCUUUCCCGGAGGUAUUGCCAAAGGCGUGGGAGGAGCUCGAUCGUGUGGUAGGUCCACAUCGGAGCCCAAAAUUUCAAGAUGAGCCCGACCUUCCAUAUGUGAAAGCAUUCAUGAAAGAGGUUCUACGGUGGAGAUCGGUUGCCAUUAUCGGAGGGCAGCCGCACGCGCCUAUUAAGGACGAUUACUACAAGGGGUUGUUGAUUCCACAAGGAACAUGGGUUCAGGGAAAUAUAUGGGCUAUUCAUCGCAAUGAGCGUGAUUUUCCCGAGGCAGACCGCUUCAAUCCAGAUCGAUAUAUUGCUGGAAGUCCUGACCAGCGACCUUUCCCAGGAGAGAAGGGGUAUAUGACAUUCGGCUGGGGAAGACGAGUGUGCAGUGGCCAAGGGCUAGCUGAACAGGGAACAUUCAUAACGAUUGCACGCUUACUUUGGGGAUUCCGCAUCGAAAAGGCAUUAGAUGCUCAAGGAAACCAGAUUCCAGUGGAUAUUUUUGAUUACACAUUCACUCCUCGAAGUAUGGAUAUCCGUGCUACUAUCGAUAGGGAAGGACUGCAGGCAUUGCAGGAUUUGUCUCCCUAUGAUGGGGAGUCAAAGUACCGCAUGAGCACAUAUUAUCAAGAGAAGCCGUGA